AUGGCCGCGUUGUCUCCUGCAGAUGUCAACGAAGAAAAGGGCAUAUCUGCGAAGAAAGAUGGAACAACAGAAAGUCCACCAGUAGCUCAACAGCCGUACUCAGCGUUUUCGGCCGCCAGAAAAAAGUUCAUUCUGUCACUAGUUGUUGCGAAGGCUUUCAUCGCUCCGGUUUCUGGGAGUAUUUAUAUGCCCCUGCUUCCCGUCUUGGCGGAAGAUCUGAAGGUAUCUCCAACACUGAUAAAUCUCACGGUUACGGUGUUUAUGCUCACCUUUGCAGUGGCGCCCUUACUUUUCGCGAGCCUCUCAGACGCAAGAGGUCGAAAGCCGGUGUACGUUCUUGGUCUAUUAAUUGGCAUUGGUGCAAACAUUGCUCUUGCAUCCGCCCCGGCACAUUAUGCUUCCUUCAUGAUAUUGCGGGUUGUUCAGGCAUUUGGUGGGUCUGCGCUUUACAGCCUUGGGGCUGGCACAGUCGUGGAUAUUUUUGAACCGAAACAGCGUGGUCGAGCCAUUUCAUAUUAUAGCCUUGGUCCGCAGUUAGGGCCAAUACUGGGUCCGGUAAUCGGAGGCAUGAUAGCACAGAGAUCCACUUGGCGAUGGACCUUUGGGUUUCUAGCUAUUUUCGGUAGCGUCUGUCUCCUAGUUUCCCUAUUCCUGCUCCCAGAGACCCUUAGGUCCAGAGUUGGAAACGGUUCCAUUCACGAUGGAAAGUCCUGGCUUCAGUGGCCAUCGUUUAAUAAAAGGGCCGAGCUCACGCCUAGGGAAAUUGCAACCCAGCGACCAAGUAGACGCAACAUACCUAUAUUCAUGAGGCAUCCAAUCAUUAUGCUCUCAUGCAUCAAUGUUUCCAUCCUUUUUGGAAGCUAUUAUUGUCUUUCAGUGACAUUCCCAAGUGUCCUCCAGGAACGAUAUGGUUUUAAUAAUGCAGAAAUAGGGGUUGCUUUUCUCGCACCAGGGCUUGGUAUGACAUGCGGAUCAGUUAUUUGUGGGCACUUGAGUGACUGGGCCCGCCAGAGGCAUCUUGAAAAAACAAAGGCAGAUGAGGCUGCACCCGAACAAAGGCUCCACAUCCAAAUUAUCGGCACAGCGCUAUUUCCGAUCGGAGUUCUAUUAUACGGAUGGCUGGGAAACUUCGGUAUUGGUGUCGCAGGUGUAAUCAUCUCAAUGGCAAUCUGUUCGUCUGUCCAAAUCGUCCCUUCAGGUGGAUUUGCAUUCUCGUGGACGCUUUCGACCAACAACACCUAUGUGACGCUCGUCGCGCCUGGGCAAGCGGCGACUCUGGUUGCAUUGACUUCGCUCCUGCGCAACCCAGCCGCUGCGAUUGGAGCGGCCCUGAUUAAUCCACUCAUCAGCGCGGAGGGUUUUGGAUGGUGUUUUACUGGACUCGCAAUAGUUGAUCUCUCCAGUACGGGCAUUGCACUCCUAAGUCUAGCAAAAGGAUCCUCCUGGCGAGAAGCUUUUGAGAAAACGCAUGGGAAAUCAAUGCGUCCAUAG